CAGCUUACUCUGGAUACAUCGUGUACCAUUGUGCUAUAUUUAAUCUACUUUUAUCUGUUUCUUUUUCCUCUCAGGAAAGGAUGAAAUAUGGAAGAAAAAUAAUUCAAUUGUUAUUAUUUUUAUUGUUUCUAUGGGCUUUGCACAGACAGUAUCAUUUCAGCACAAAGAAACUACAGAAGAUACACCGGUGCUGGUUUGUGGAUACUCAAUCAAAAGAAUUAGAGCUAUCAGACUGGUUUUCUCCCAGUGAAUACAUGAACCUGUCGACCACCAGCUGGUCAGCUCCGGUUGUAUGGGAUGGCACUUUCAAUGAAGAAGUAUUGGAAGAGUAUUAUGAAAAACAUAAAAUUACUGUGGGAUUGACUGUAUUUGCUGUAGGAAGAUAUAUUGACCACUACUUGAAGAAAUUUGUAUUAUCUGCAGAUGAGUUUUUUAUGGUUGGCCAUAAAGUCAUAAUUUAUGUCCUGAUAGAUGACUUCUCCAGGAUGCCUUGGAUACAGCUGGGUCCCCUCCGUUCGAUCAAAGUGUUUGAAAUUAAGCGAGAGAAGAGAUGGCAAGAUAUCAGUAUGAUGCGCAUGAAGGUUAUUAGUGAACAUGUUAUGGAUCAUAUCCAAUAUGAAGUUGACUUUCUCUUCUGCAUGGACGUGGAUCAAAUCUUCAUAAGGAAAUAUGGAUUGGAGACUCUGGGGGAGUCAGUAGCUCAGUUACAUGCUUAUUGGUACAAGGAAGAUCCUACAGUGGUGCCAUAUGAAAGAAGUGAGUUAUCAGAAGCAUAUAUACCUUUUGGUAUGGGAGAUUUUUAUUACCAUGCUGCUGUAUUUGGUGGCACUCCCAUUCAAGUUCUCAAUAUUGCCAGGGAGUGCUUAAAAGGAAUCAUGAAUGACAAGAAAAACAGCAUCGAAGCAGUGUGGCAUGAUGAAAGUCACUUAAACAAGUACUUCUUUCUCCAUAAACCCACUAAACUCUUAUCACCAGAAUAUUGCUGGGAUUUUACUAAAACAGAUGUUCCUUUUAUUUACAGUAUCAAACUCUUUUGGGCUAAAAAGGAUUAUGAACAUCUUAGGGUGACAAUGUAAUUAUAUAGCACUUCCUUCAGGUUGCUGAAGUUAAGAGCAUCAUUUUGUCUUAUUCCUUAGGAAAUUAGCACUUGAUAAAUUUUACCACUAAAAAAAAGAAUCACUAACAAAAUGGCAAGGCCACCAACACAGCAUACUCAUACUUUUCCUCAUAUUCAUUUUGAAUUGUAUAAGAUGGGAUAUAGCAGUUGCAGAAUGAAUGUAUUGACAUCAGAUGGAGAUACAGUGAUUUCAUAUCCUGUGUGAGUGUUGAGGAAAUAUUAUUUGUUGGAUCACAAUGAACAAAAUAGAAUCUCUCACAAGAAAAUGAAACCUGAAAUAUUUUUAUUGAUCCAUGUAGAUACACAUUUCUCAUAUUGCGUAAGAAAGGGGAUUGUCUAGAGGUGUGGAUAAGAAGUCACUGCAAGAAUAGUAAUAUUCUCUCUAUGUAAAACAUUAAAGACGUUAAAGUUGCCACCAGAUGGACAGAUAAUUACUUAGGAAACUGAGUCAUUCAAAAAAAUUUUGAAUUUGUAGUUUUAAAACUUUGUAAAGUUGUUUGUUGUA